UGGCAGUUCAGCAAGCUUAAAAAAAAUCGUACGGAAUGAAAAGGAAAAAGAAAACAGUACUCUACUCUAAAGAGGGAGUUGUAGUUAGGAGUUGAAAAAAGUAGCCUACGUCCAGCCGACUGUUAAGAGUGCACAUUUCAUUCGAAAGCUCGAAAGAAAACCGUCUUUGCCUUUGAGUCCACUUGCCACGGUCAUCACGUUACACUGGGAGGAUCACAUCCUGAGAGGGAAUUUUGAGCAUCCUGCUAACAGACGACACCAGCUAAUUUGUCAGAAGAAAUCUUAAUCUUAUUUAAACUCGAGACUUUUUGUCUGUGCCUGCAUGAGCAUGUUGUCGUCUCAUUCCCUCUGUUCCAUCAUUUGGUUGAAUCGUGGGUUCAAGCUGAGAAAUGUGCCCUUUUCUGCCAACACUGGCCAGGUCUAAGCUGCAACGCUGUUUCCCAUUGUGCAGGCCCACUCUGUUGGACAUGCUUAUAUGCUCCAGUAAAUAGUCCUUAGCUUUUAACAAAACGUCCCAUAGUACGCCCUGCCAAAGUUUCAUCCCUACGCUCUUCUGCCUGGGGUGAUUUUCAUUUCAUAAGAUCAAAAUGGCUGCUGAUGGCUUCCAGUACAGAUCUCUGUACGCCUAUCGUAAAGACUGGGAGGACGAUAUUGACCUUGAACCUGGUGAUAUUCUGACUGUCAACAAAGCAUCUCUACUGUCACUGGGUCUCAGAGAGGGAGAUGAGCAGCACCCAGAGUGCAUUGGCUGGAUCUUGGGUUUUAACAAGCGAACCAAUCAGAGGGGAGACUUUCCAGGGACGUACGUACAGUAUGUUGGACCUGUAAAAAUGUCAGUGCUGUCCUGCCAGCCUCGUUCUCGGAGACCACUUCCUGCUGUUCCAACUCCUGAGCCAGCAGCCUCAGCACAGGUUGUUCCAGUCCUGGACUUGACCAAACAGUUCACACACCCGGAAGCUGCUCCCCCUAAUCUUGUUAAAUUGGUUGAAACAAUUGAGCGGACAGGUCUGGACUGUAGGACACUGUACAGGACAUCCACUGCUUCAGCCUCUGACAGUCAAAGACAGAGCCUCGGUGAGCUGCAGGAUCUGGACAUAGGACAGUGGGACAUUCAUGCACUCUCGGAGGCUCUCAUUCAGUACCUGCAGGAACUUCCUUCCGCAAUCAUCCCUCCUUCUGUUUAUACAGACCUUCAGGCAGCAGUGCAACUAGAAUCGGAUGUUCCUUUGAUGAGGAGACGAGAGCAGCUGUUGCAGGCACUGGAGAACCCUGCAGUUCCACUACAAAACCUUUUGACACUGCAGUAUUUGCUCAGACACCUGGAGAAGGUCUGCCAGUACGCAGAGCAGAACGGUCUGGACAUUCACACCCUGGGCCAAAUCUUUGGCCCUCUGCUGAUCAGUGGCCCUGUGAGUGGGUCAAAGGAAGAUGAGGGUUUUCGUGCAGUUACAGUUGAGAAACUUCUUUUGGAAAGAAUUUGGGAACAAGAGCCAACUCCUCCCGCUCUCCCUCCUAAACCGUCCAAAACCAAAGCCAUGGCCUCAUCUGUAACCAAUGGAAACAACAGCUUACUGAGUGAAGCAGAAUGGUACUGGGGAGACAUUUCCAGAGAGGAGGUGAAUGAGAAAAUGAGAGACACUCCUGAUGGUACAUUCUUGGUGCGUGAUGCAUCAAGCAAAGUGCAGGGAGAGUACACCUUGACCCUCAGAAAAGGAGGAAAUAACAAACUGAUCAAGAUUUUUCACCACGGGGGAAAGUAUGGCUUCUCAGAACCUCUAACUUUCCUCUCUGUGGUGGAGCUCAUCAACCACUACCGGCAUGAGUCUCUGGCCCAGUACAACGCCAAGCUGGACUCUCGCCUGCUCUUUCCCGUGUCUAAAUAUCAGCAGGAUCAGGUGGUGAAAGAGGACAGUAUUGAGGCAGUAGGUGAACAGCUGAAGGUCUAUCAUGAGCAGUAUCAGGAGAAGAAUCGUGAAUAUGAUAUACUGUAUGAAGAAUACACACGCACAUCACAAGAGCUGCAGAUGAAACGAACAGCCAUAGAGGCCUUUAAUGAGACCAUAAAGAUCUUUGAGGAGCAGUGUGAGACUCAGGAGCGCCUCAGUAGAGAGAGCAUUGAGAAGUUUCGCAAAGAAGGCAAUGACAAGGAGAUUGAGAGAAUUCAGAGCAAUUCUGAGAAGCUAAAAUCCAGAGUGACAGAGAUUCAUGACAGCAAGAGGAAGUUGGAACUAGACUUGAAGCGGCAAGCCACAAACAAUCGAGAGAUAGACAAGAGGAUGAACAGCUUGAAACCAGACCUCAUACAACUGAGGAAGAUCAGGGACCAAUACCUUGUAUGGCUGACUCAGAAAGGCACCAAGCAAAGGAGGAUCAAUGAAUGGCUUGGUAUAAGGAACGAAUCAGAGGACUUCUACUCGCUGUUUGAUGAUGAUGAUGAUCAAGUGCAUCACGACGAUUGCUCUUGGUAUGUUGGGGACAUUAAGCGCACACAGGCAGAGGAUCUCCUGAGAGGCAAACGAGAUGGCACCUUCCUCAUCAGAGAGAGUCAGACCCAGAAGGGCUCCUUUGCAUGCUCUGUUGUGGUCAUCCUCAUCAUAGAGUUUAAAAAGGUCUCUGGGGGUCUCACUCUCCUGAGGAGCAAGAGCCAUAACACUCACGCAAGUCUCAGUCUGUGUUGCAGCCUCUCUGGCAGCUGUGUCAGCAGCUCGGUUUCCUGUGGCCUCAGGAGAAUUGUCCGUUGCAUGUCCAGUGACUUUGAUAACUGCUCCUGUUGCAGGAAGAUCACAGGCAUUCAUAAGUUCUUUUACCUGCUGUUGAUGAGAGAUCGGCAGACCGGCAGUGGUUAGAAAUCCUCUGCGUCUCCACACAGGGCCGAAGU